GGGCUUCUCCCUGCGGAGCUCACGUCACGUGGGCGGGACAGGCGACAUUCUGCCGUGGCGGCUGGGGGUUGCAGACCAGCGCUCUGGAGCUGGAGGAACAGCCGAGUGGCGCCGCUGAUCCUGACUGUCCCACUAUUUAAAACCUGGCUGGAAUUUGUCUUUGAGAAAGGAUCCCUCCCCACCCCCACCUCCCUACGGCACAAACAGAUAUCGAGGUGUGUGACGCAUUCCCAGACCGGCCGGCAAACUCAACACCAGCGACUUCUCUGUGACUGGGUCCAGAUAAGGUCCUUUCAAGACUGACUCCGCUGGAUCCACUCCACCGGGUUUUCCUGACCCUACUUCAUCACUGUGCCAUUGGCAAGAGUGCCAGCACCAACGGAAGCCUCACUGGAUCCAUCAGCGCCUCGGUCUUUCCAAGCAUCUUAGCAACAGAGCAGAGCCUCUGUGUGUUACUGCCGUCAGCUGAUACUGCACAGGGAAAGACAACCAGCUCAGACUAGCAGCUUGGCUUUCCUUAAGACACUGGAAUUUGAAGGACCUAGUCUGUGAUCUGUGCUGCUAGUAAGUGACUGAUAGUAAUCUAGACUGGACUGGUCCCUGAGUACAGAGACUGAGUUGCAGUUGAGUGAAAAAUAGACUACAAGAUCUUGAAGAACUGCACUGAGGUGCAAGCCAGACUUUAACACUCAAGUGUUGGACUGAGAAGUUGUUAAAGGAAACCGGUGACAGGACUGACUUGCUUAUUGCGUUUCUCUCUCUGUCCUUGUUGCCUUUUGCUGUUACAUUGCUUUGUGUUGUCUUUCUAAGCCAAGAUGUUCUCAGAUAAUUCACACUGCCCUGACUGUGGCCAGCAGUGGUUCCCUAGUCUAGAGCUAGGGCAUUGGUUAUACCAAACUGAACUUGUUGAGAAUGAGUGUUACCAGGUGUUCUUAGACCGUAUCAACAGGGCUGAUUACUGCCCUGAGUGUUACCCUGACAAUCCUGCUAAUAGAAGCCUUGUUCUGCCUUGGUCUUUCCCACUGGAGUGGGCACCUCAGAAUCUUACCAGGUGGACCUUUGAAAAAGCUUGCCAUCCAUUUCUUCUGGGUCCUCCACUGGUUAGAAAGAAGAUACAUGACUCCAGGGUAGCUGGUUUUAAUCCUGCAUUGCAGUUAGUCUUGUCCAGAACAGACAAAACCUUAAACAAGAAACUUGGCCAAAGCAAAUGACUUCUGCAACAGAAUCAUGGAGAUUCCCAAGGGCUUAGUGCUCAUAGCCUAGGGGAAGAUGAAUAAUAACUUGUUUUUGUUUUCUUUCUCUUUUUCUUUCUUAAUUUUUUUUAAGGUGCUGGGGAUUGAAUCUGGGUGUUCUUGUGCAUGUAUGCAAGUGCUCUUUGACUGAGUUAAAGCUGAGCCCCUUUUCUAAGUCUGACUCAGACUGUCAAUUUGUCAACUGCUUAAAUUUUUAGAUCUGCUUCUGUGGUCUAUACAUUUUUUUUUUAAGCAUAAAUUUAGUCAGUAUUGCAGCCAGACUAUUUACCUAGAACCAGAUUAAUAUGUGGUCCCUAUAAAUACUUUGGAACUAGCUGGCUCCUCCUGAAAGUUGUUAGAGCCUAAGUAUUGACAAGAUAAUGUAGCCCUGGAGGAGGGGGCUCCACACAUUGUGUGCCCCAUUAACUUUAAUGAGAAUACAUUCUCGUAGCUGGAUUCUAGAUUCUAAUAAAUUUUAAUACACUACAUGGCUCCUCUUAUACAUUGAUUAGUAAUGAGAGAUAUGUAUAUACAUGUAAAGAUUUUUCAUAUAUAUCUAUUCUUUGACGCAGUGUAAGUGUUACAGUGUUGAUAACUGGUCCUGUCAUAUUCUAUUUGGCAAUACCUACUACACAGGUUACAAAAAAACUGUGUUGAGAAUGCUGCCAGUUUACACUUACCUGUUUGUGCAUAACCAAAGACUGUCCUGUCUUGGUGGUGACUGAACUUAAUGUCCUCUCAUGGAAAUGGAAAAUUAACCUGUGCUAUGAACUUCAUGGCACAUGAUAAAGCUUGACUCCAUAUAAUUUAAGAACAGGCUAAUGAACGCUUUGUCUUAGGCGUGAGAGAAUGUGUCGCUGAACGUUGGGCACAUUCCAGCGUUGUCCUGUUCGUGGAAAUCAUGGAAUCAGAUUUGGAGUUAAGCUCCAGGGAACAUCAAAGAAGCCACUGAACAAUUUUUAGAUUCCAUUUAAGAUUCUAGGUGAUCCAGUGCCUGUGUAGCAGCAGAGAUGUUGUCAAGGACCCGUGUUCUUUUCUUUCCUCCCUGAGGUCUUUAUGGUUGCUUUUUAUUCUUGUGAUCGUUUCUAAAUGAGUUCAGUAUGGCUUGUUGUACCAGACAUUUCAGUCUCAGCCAGAAGCUGGAAGCAAGGGGGGUACAUGGCUUGCUUUCUUACAAGUCUUAAUUUGGAAAUAAAAUCUUUCUGAAACGUCUCA